AUGAUUGUCGCUCUGCAAACCUUAAUAUACUUUCGCCAGUCUUUGCUUAGUGUUUUGGAACGACUGAUUGGGCCUUACUACAUACGUUUCAGUUUUUUACCAAAUAAAGACAAUGAUUUGGAUGAUGAAGACUCGGAAGAACAAGUAUUUGCUGAAUAUGAUGAUGAAAAAGGGGUAGUUUUCUUCCCACCGAUGUACGUACAACGCUAUGCCGCAGUCAAUGACUGCCUUUUGGAUGAACGAUGGAGUGGAAAAUUACAAAAGGUUGUCGACUUAGGCUAUCAUGAUAUGAGUUUUAUAAAAUAUUUGAAGGAAGUGCCUGGAGUAGAACAUAUACUAGGUGUAGACAUUGAAACUGUGCCAUUGCGGUGUUCAUCUGAUUUGCUUGCUAAUGGAGAAUUUGCAAACAAACGAGAAACACCAUUACAGAUAACCUUAUUUCAAGGCAAUGCAGCCGAUCCGGACUAUAGACUAAUAGGUUGUGAUGCUGUUGUUGCAAUAGAGAUGAUUGAACACAUGAUGCCUCAUGACCUAGAUAGGCUAGUCCAUAAUAUUUUUGGUUUCAUCCAACCUUGGAUAGCUGUCAUCACAACUCCAAAUGCUGACUUCAAUGCACUAUUUAAAUCCAUGGAGAAAAAUGGGCUCAGAAGAUGGGAUCACUUAUUUGAAUGGACUAGGGAGCAAUUCAAUGACUGGUGCAGUAACAUUGUGACUCGGUAUCCAAACUAUACAGUGUCUUGUAAAGGUAUUGGACCUGGACCACCUGGAACCCUACAUCAUGGCUGUUGUAGUCAACUUGCCCUUUUCAUCUCUAAUAACUAUCAUAAGCAACAAGAUUUAACUAUUGAUAGCAUGGCCUUGGUCAAAAAUGGUCCAAUUACAAGUAACUUCUGUGAUAUGGAAGGAAGCUGGGAAUAUACAGAUACUUUGGGAGAGAACAAUAUGCUGUAUGCUCCAACCAAGUUAAACUGUUCAACGUUUCAAGUGAAAAGUUUCUCUACAACAACGAAAAACCUAAUGGCAAAAAAUAAAUUAGAUUCUUUAGUUCACACGAGAGAGGUUGUGGAUGAAAUUCGACAGUUAACCAAAAUGCUUAACUUUGAUAAGAGCACUCGAGAUCACAAGCAGCAUACCUGGAACAACAUAAACUGGGGUGAAAACGCACCAUACUGGAAUCAGUACUACAAGAUCGUGAGAGAUUAUAAUUAUCCUUUUGAAACAAAGUCUGAGGAGUGCCGAAUACUGGAGCUUAUAUCUGAUGAAAUAAACCGACUAGUAGACUUGAAAUCCGCUGAAGAAAAUUCGAUUAGCUGCGAAAAAUUAGAAAUACCAAUAGACUACCUGAUGACAGUUGUUGAACAUAUUACAAAUGACGUCGAUAAAGUCAAAGAUCUACUUGAAUGGAACGGAUACGAAGUAGUAGACAAUAUUGUUGUUUACUCGCGCCUAAUAGUCGAAAAUAUUUCAUUGGCAACACCAGAUAACGAGUGGCAAGAGAACGAUGCGUUGUCCGAUGUAAAAAAACAAUUUGAAUUUGUAGAUGCUCGUGAUAUCGCUAAUGAAAAAUCUUUAGAUAAAUGCCUCCAGCGUGCUCUAGAAAUUAAAGUAAGGAAGCUACGCACUUUACUAACUGCUGAUCAAGACAUCACUACGGAGUUAGACCGUGUGGUCUGUCGACUCAUGAAAUUGGCACUGAGGACUAGCGGGGAUCAAGAUGUACCGCCACCCACAUCCUGGCUUCAGUUUAAAUUGUUAGAUCUUCUUACACUGACGGAGAGAGCGAUCGAGAGAAGAAGGUGGCAUUUUGUUAAUAAUAAUACAUUGACAGCGGUUGGUUACGAUGAUUACCACAAAAAUGAGGAUAUUGACAAGUUAGACCUUUUCAAGUUAAAUGAAAGCGUUACGGCGAUGGAAAUUGAAAACAAGUAUAGACAUUUUGUUGAAUGCAAACAGAGCUGUGAUGGUGAAGAUUUCAAACAAAAAUCUGUAGAAGAUAUAUCUCAAUUAAAAGUUGAAGAUAAUAUGAGUGAGACUAGUAAUGAGUUUGUUAAAAUUUAUGAUUAUAGUAAUCAAGACAGCGACUCUUCUCAUGCAAUAUCCCAUACAAGUAGUAAUGAAAACUACGAAUGCAGUAUAGUAGAGAAGGAAACUACUUCCGAAACUAAAUUUAAAAAUAUUGCUUAUCCUAAACUUGUUAAUCACUCAGGCGUUAGAAGUUCAGGUGACACAGAUCAUAGUCUCAAGAUGAGUAAUCGAAGUAGAUAUAAAAAGUUGCAAAAUAAAUAUAAUAAUGAUGAAAAUAUCGACGAUUUACAAAUCGCCAAGAUUCCUAACAGCCUAAUAAAAUUUUGCCAUCAAAAUAUGAAUACUAAAGGAAUUAUGAAUGGUUCGAUAUUCACCGUUGGUAAUAAUCACAGAAAUACAAUUUUAAAAAGAUCUGAAGAGUCAAUAGCAGGUACAAAGGAAAGUUGCCUUAUAGAAAUUGUUACUGAUUGUAAUAGAUCGGCCGAAACUAUAGCUUUGCGUAGAAGUAUUGCUACUAAUACAAAUGAUCGUUACUUACACCAUAAUUGUGAGCAGCUUUCGGCAUUAGAACUUAACGCAGACAAAGUACCUUAUGUAAAAAAGGACAAAAGCUUCACUAGUGAACAUUUAUUAUGUCUGGAAGAUGCUAAGUCACAAACAAUAUUUUUAUACGAUAUUAACGAACCUAGUACUUCAAAAGGAGUUUGCCAUGUUAACAUGGAUGUGCAAUGUGGUUUAGAUGCUGCUUUUAUAUGUCCGAUGCCUUCUGCAACAAAGUCUCUAACCAGACUAUCUACUAACUUCACAAAUAUCGAAAAUGCCGUAUCCGGAGAAGAUAAAACAACAGAGUGUGACGUAUUUAUAAAUUCUAGUGUCAAAUCUAAUGGAAUUCAAAUAAAAGAUUCCGAUAUAAUACUGCUUAAAAACGAAGACAGUUUUCAUAAGACUCAUUUUGUGGUAAAUUACAAUACAGUUAUUGAACCAAACUCUGAACAUUUAGUUAUUGCAGAAACGGAAAUUGUAAAUCCCAAGCAACCAUCUAAUAUAAUUAAAUCAGAAGAUACUUGUCCUGACUAUCGCCAGAAUGCAAUUUGCGUUGCUAAUCACGAACAAUAUGAAGAAAACCCUUCUAGGUCUUUAUUAUCAGUUACUUGUUCAUCAAAAGAGAUGAGCAAGGGCAUCAUAGGACCAUUUAUAAAUAAGGAAGUUGAAUUCAUGAAUAAUAUUUCACUUUCUAAGCCUACCCUUGCAUUUGGAGGAAUUUUAGUUCAUAGCUAUAAAGAUAGAAAAACGUGUGAAGACAUAAUCUAUCAAGGAGAUUGGCAGCGUUUUGUACCAAAAACAAUUGACAGAAAAAAUCGUUUCGAUACAAUCGUAUUUAAAAGAAUGAUGAAACAAAGUUAUGACAAACGUAAAAAAUUAUUUCUUGAAGAAAGUAUACAACAAAGAAAACUAAAAAAGACUGAGAUUAAUAAUAUAUGUAAUGAUCGUAAACAACGAGUAAAGAUUUGGAGCGAGAAAUUAAAAAGUAACAAAACGUCAUCUAAGGUAUUAUUGAAGACAGUUAAAAGUUCGGUUUUACCAAGAAGUAAAAAAAAUGAAUAUGUUGACUUGAAUGAUAAAAAGGCUUUGAUGAAUUCAAGUGUUACAAAUGAAAAAAACUUAGUAGUAAAACACAUGGAAAAAAGUUACAUUCCAAAGUAUUUAAGAAUACGAAAGUGUAAUUUUUUUGAUAAGCUUAGACAAAGCAUAGGUACAGUUAAUGUUGAGAAAAGAGAUAAUAAAAGAAAAUAUUUGCAUACAAAUUCAAGGACGAAGGACAUCAAAAGCGGUUUAUUAAAAUUUAUUCGUGAACCUCCACAAAAUACCAAUUACAUUCACGUUACUCAUAGAAAAGCUUUGAAAUCUUCAAGUGCUACAUAUGAAAAUAACGUUAUAGUAAAAAACAGCGCCAAAAAUUAUAUUCCGCAGAAUUUAAAGAAACGAAAGCUAAUUUUUUUAAAUAAUAAUAAACUUAAACAAAGCAUAGAUUCAGUUAAUGUUAAGAAAAGAGAUAUUAAAAGAAAAUAUUUACUUACGAAUUCAAAGACGAAGGACAUCAAAGGUGAUUUAUUGAAAUUUAUUGGCGAACCUCGACAAAACAUUAGUUAUACUAUAUUUCGUAACAAAAUUGAUAAUGAAAACGAAACUAAUAUGCGAAGUUUAAGUAUUAAGAAUAACAGUAGCAUUAAAAUGGUACGUAAGGCACACUCGGGAAAUAGUUCAUGUUCAUCUACAAACAGUGUAAGGACAAUCAAACAAUUAUCUCCAAACAGCAAAGAAUCUCAAUUUAAUAUAAAGGCGUCUAAGAGUAAUUUAGUUAAUAAAAUAAAUAAAUCAUCAAAAUUGAUCAAAAAAACCGUUAAUAAAUCAUCUCCACUAUUCGAUAAUAAAGAAAAUAGCCCGGAUACUUCAAAAAAUCUUGAAACAGAAAAUAUACAAUUUCUAGGAUGGAGUAAAAAGCCCUUAAUGCCUCAAAACAUGGUAUCUGUGCAUAAAGAUAAAUUAUCUCACGUAGAUAUUUCGAAAGAUUUUGACUCUGUUGAUAGAAAAAAUUGUAAGUCGGGUACUUCAGUAUGUAGAAGCUUAUCAUUACACGAACCCAGUGAAAAUAUUGUUUCUAAGAAUCAAGUUCAUAUCGAUAACCCUAAUCUAGUUUUGGUUUUAGAAUCUCGUAAAGAGCUUAACAUGGAUUAUAAAAAACUUUCUUCUCACUCACCUCCAAGUGAGGCUAUUCAAGACUUAGACUAUUCGCUUGAUGCUGAAUUGUGCACUUCGUUUAAUAGUGCUAAUAAUAUAGCUAAUGAUAAUGAAUCAAUAAACAUGAGAAAUGAAGUUUUAAGUAUUAUCGAGGAAAGACUAAAUUUUAUUAAAAAUUCUUCAAAUGUGAAGAUUUCUAUUAGUGAGCAAAAUGAAAGUUUUAAUUUAGAAGAAUUGAAUAAAAGCUGUGAAAAAGUAAAUUGCUUUACUGAUAAGUCUCUUGAAAAUGAAUUUACAGCACACUCCAUGCAUUCAGGGUCAAAACCUGUGGAUGUUGAUUUGAUUUCAUUUAAAUCUUUUGCAUCAAUAUCAGGAUAUUCAGAAUAUUUUUUAGCUGAUAGUGAACUAAGCAGCACUUUAGAUUCUCUUGAAAUUUUUACCUCACCUGAGAGAUCUAUGCAAGAAAUAUUUGAAAAGAAUAACAAACUAUGCAUUCCGUGUACAGAUCUAGUAUCGCAAGCAUUUAGUGGUUUUUCAAUAAAUAAAAGGAAUAUAAGCGAGCAACCGGAUCCCAUCAAUCUAGUUGACUCUGAAACUGGCAGUGUCGCACAUGGCGUAGAAGUAAGACGAGUAACAUCAGAAGAGAUAUUUACAUCAAGUAGGUCAUCAGAAACCUACGUAUCUUGUCAAAUUGAUGAUGAUAAUAUGGUCCCACAAUGGCUUUUUCACUUGAUGAACCAACAACAAUCCGAUGAAGAAGAGCCGCAGCAUAUCUCACCACCUAUUCCGUUACAUUCUAUUCCUCAACCUCAUUUGGAUGUUAAUGGAAAUAUAAUGGAGGCAAGUGGCCUAGGUGCUGGAGCUGGUGAUGGUUGCGGUAUUCAUAGUGAUCAGGACAGCUCAGGACGCGACACGUCAUUGAGUUCUACUGAAACGUCAUCUGCACAACAUAGCGAAGCUAUAUUAAUAGAUCCAUCGGCUUAUACCGCCCAUAUUGAAUUCUUACGAGAACCAAGCAACCAUCCAUUUUCACAAGUGACAUCUGGUGUGUCUCCAAAUUUAUCAUUACGAACAACCGAAGGCACAGAAAAUGAUAACAUAUUUAAUACGAGCGAAGGUUCCGCCAGAAAUGCUUCGCUGCUUGGAAUAAUACAAAGUGAUCGAGACGCUGACGUGAGUUCCUUGGAUACGGAUACAGCUGAUUUUUCGGAUAAUUAA